CAAUACUUUUGAAUAAUUUAGGAAGUAUGACUAUCGUCUAUUGGCAUAUCGAAACCUGGCACUAAAAAUCGACAAAUUUUCAGAAUGCUUUCGGGAGUAAGACGCAGGAAGUUCGUGUAUACACUGUGACCUGAAACCUUUAUCCCGCUGUAUCAAUGCAACAUGCUGUUUCGCCAAAACAAUAAAUAUAAAAUCUGAACUAGAUCAGCCAAUUUUUGCCUUCUCCGUUAAGAACCUAGCAACCUUGCUCAGUUUAAUACGGAUACAACAGUCGCAUUAGCAAUUCAGCAGCUGUCAAGUGCUACGAUAUUAUGAAUAGAAAAUGACUGAUUUCUUCAGAAACGAUUUGAGAUUCCUGCUCAUUUUUUAUGCUAAUGCGCAAUAAGUCGCAAGGGCUGGAUAUGAUAAUAAAUGCUCGUUCGGGAAAUGACCUUAUGGAAUGUUAGUGCUUAUUGGACCAUUGUUAAGAUUAGGAUAUCGAGCCAAUGCUAAUACCUUUCCAAUCAUGGGAGUUACAUAGCACGCUAUUGUUCGUGUUUAUUGCCAGCCUGUCAUGGGACUUGGUGCAUUCAGAUGAUGCACUUACUAAGAAAGAAGUUCAGUUUACGUUCGUGGGAUCGCAGAUGUGCAUAUAUGUGCACAAAGCCUUACUGAACACCUACACUACGGCCCGUGUGCAGUAUGUUAACAUACGGGGUUUCACCAAUUAUCUGUAUCAGGGCAUCAGCAACGCAACCUACUACAAUCUGUCAGCAGCCCAAAACAUGUCCGGGAUCACCCGCUUUAGCCUGCUACAGAAAGGUUAUUCGGAUGUUAUCAUGGAUGAAUACCCAGUACCUCGCAAUCUAACGACUCUGUAUCCCGAUCUGGAAGCUGUGCCUUCGUUCAUGUACCAAGUGGCAAUUAUUUACAAUGUAAACGCGACCGCAAAUCCAAGCCUCAACUUGACAAGAGAGAUGCUUGUUGGGAUAUUUAACAGAACUAUAACAUUCUGGAACGAUACGCGGCUCAGUGCAGCAUGUAGCAGCGCUCUGCCAAAUGCCUCAAUUAUUGUCUUCCUUAUUGGACCACAGACCGGACUGACAACGGUACUGAGUACUGCGUUUUCGAAAUUCGAUCGCAACUGGAACCAGACAUACGGAAAGUUCAAUGCAUUUGACUCGUCAACCCUGUAUCAGCAGCAAAAGCAGGCAGCAUUAGCAAAAAAUGCCAGCGAUCCAUACAGGUUGGUAUCCAACGGGGACGCUACGCUGGCUCAGAUUUCCAACACUUUGAUGGCGAUUUCCUACACCGGCUGGGUAAAUUAUAAAGCGGCCAAUAAAGCUAUCGCCUACGCCGCAUUACAGAACCGGGCCGGUCAAUUCAUCAAGCCGUCAAUUACUGCGAUGAAUGCCACAAUAUUAAAAAAUUCUACCCAACUGUAUCACAAAAACCAAUCCUCAGCCAUUGAUUUGCCACAGAGUAAAGCGUAUCCACUGGUGGGAAUGACCUAUAUCAUCAUGCGAAAAAGUCACUUACGUGCAAACAUUGACUGCAAUGUGGCGGCUGAAUUACUCCGCUACUACCGAUGGUUUCAUCGGGAUCCAUCAGCCGCUGCAAAAUUAUCCAGUUCUUUCGAAAUUAUCGGUAUACCGAACGCAACAUACGAUCAAACCAUUGUUAAUCUGUCCACACUCCUGACAUGCGGGGAUGACACUACAAACAAAACCGUUUGGGCUGCAAUGUUAGAAGCCAUUGAUAGCGAGCAGGCGGUGGAUUAUGUAUUCUAUGUGUCCGUCGGUUUGAUUGUGCCAUUACUUCUAUGCUCACUCAUCGGCAUUGUCGCCUAUGUUGUCACUAAGAACUGUAUCCUGAUGCAAAAGGUCAAUAAGGGCAUUUACCACAUAAAUGCAAGGGAAAUUACUUUCAUCGAAGCAUCAAAAGAACGGUAUAAGGACAUGCUGAAAAUGCGGCCGUACCUAGAUAAUAAUCUGAAUACUGAGUUUAUAACCGGUGAAUACGGAUUCUGUGUGGUGCUUUUACGACCGUUUCAUAUGGCCUUCAGUUCCGCCUGUCUGGGAGUGCGCAAAGAGUUGAUACACAUGCAGGAGUGGAAAACCCAUGCCAAUUUGGUCCGCUUUUUGGGUGUGACGGAAAUAAGGAAGGAUCGGUUUAUUGUAUCGGAACUAAGUCUCCUCGGUGAUUUGCGCACCCUCCUCAGUAACGACACCGUAAAGAUUAACACUCCCGUGAGUUUUUGUAUGGGGCGUGGGAUAUCGGAUGGGUUACGUUAUUUGCAUUCGCAAGGAAUUGUGCACGGCAAUUUAAGAAGUACGUCCAUUUACGUGGAAUCUGAUUGGACAAUUAAGAUUUCCGACUGGGAGUACGUUCACCUGUAUUCCAUGCAGAGUAUCUUUGUGUCCAAAGAGCAAGUCUUCAAAAAACUGCAACGAGCUCCUAAAGAUAUCCAGAAUAUUUACUUGACCCCGCUGCUAUGGACAGCGCCGGAAAUGCUUAAAGCCAUCCAGGAGCAAAAAGGGCUGCAAAUCCACCCAAGCAAACCGGCUGAUUGCUACAGCUUUGGAGUGAUUUUUUAUGAGAUAAUGACCCGUAACAUGCCAUAUAAAUAUGAUAUGGAAAGUGGCUCAAGUCCAAUGUCCACACUACUCAAGAUCAUUAAUACAAAAAAGCCGUUGCGCCCUCUUGACCUUGAGACCGUGGAGUCUUUGUCCGAGAUACCAGAAUCGAUGUUACGGUUGAUGCAUUCCUGCUGGCACGUCGACCCUUGCGACCGGGUAACCGUUGAUGGCAUCAAUCUGAUUCUGAAACGCGUGGAAGCGGAAACAAAGCGAAUGGCCGAUCUUACCAUUGUCAACACCGAUUUCUUCAUCGAUAAGCAGAAAUCGGACGUGAAGAACUAUAACUCCGAUUUGAAACAACGGGUACAAGAUCUGCGCCGUGCAUGUGAGGAUUUUCUGACCCCAGCGGUUUACGAAUCCCACAAACAGCGGAUUCCCAUUCAGCCUAAAGUGACCACAAAAGCUUACGUGAUGCAUAUGACGAUGGUGGAGUAUGCGGAGCUCCUGGACCCGUCUCACGGAGAAUCAGCCAUUGCUCUCAUUGAACGGUUUCAAGCUCUCGUUAAUCAGCAUCUGGCAACGGUACUGGACCGGAAUAUCUUUCGAAUACAUACCAGCGGAGAUGACUGCACAAUUAUUGCCGGAAUACCGACGGUGGAACUGGCUCAUGCGGAUGCUAUUGCUUCAAUGGCAUUCGACAUUCUCGCGUUAACAUGGAAGGCAGUCAUGCUUGAUAUCGAUACAGAUCAUAUUAAAAUUCGUAUUGGAAUACACUGUGGACCGGUUCUUGCUGGACUUUAUGGGAACGACCAUACGGAAUUCACCAUUGUCGGCGAAGCCCGAGAUAUUGCCGAAGAUAUGGAAAGGCUUUCUGCGACAUAUCGGAUUCUGAUCAGCGAAGAUUUUUUGCAUGAUCUGCAGAACUUCUCCGGCUAUUCAUACGUUCUCAACACCGAUGAAAACCGAAUACAUGAUAAGUUGACGACUUAUUGGCUCCUAGGUCACGACAGUUAUCAUGACCAAACACCACUUGAUGAAAUGUACGCCGAAUACGGAGUAAUCGAAAACGGGAAGGUUCCUGCUCGCUCAUCACAGAAGAAAGUGAAGCCUCCCGCCGCUGGAGCCGCCGUCCCAUUAACCGAACGCGCACAGGCUCGACGUUCUUCGAUUGCGGCCCACCGUGCUGCAAAGGAAGAGAACCGCGAGCGACCGGCAAUCUUGGAACGGCGACAUACGUUGCACGAUGGACGACAAUCACUGCGUGGUUCCAUACUGGACCCGGAAAUCCUUAAAAACCUUCCAAGUUUAGCUCAGCCCCAUACGGAGGAGGCGGCCACAUUUGAUAUCAUGCAGUUGGGAAAUAAUCAGCAAAUUUUAGUGGUUGAUUUUUCACAAGAGGAAGCCAAUCAGGAAGCGGCGUUGGGUCGGGUCUCGGCAGAAUUAUCCGUGAUCGCCGAGACUGAGUCGGCGGUCUCGCAGAUGCAGCCUAACAGACCUGAACUUCAACACAAGUCAACUGAUGAGUUUUCCAAAGAUACUGUUACAUUAGGCGACAAGCCAUCGUUACCACAAAGGAUGGCUGCCGAAGCCAGCCAAACAUCGGCCGACGGAUUUUCUGCAGAUGGUUCGCUUAUUGAGAAUAACAUGUCCGUUACCGGUGCUCCAGAACCAGGCACCGUUAUCUCUUCAGAAAAUGGGACCAACCCAGAGCGAGAUAGUAGGGAAACAAUUGAUGUAACGGAAAGCUUUUCGAAUAAAGCGUUCAACAACGCAAUAUUAACAGUAGCUCCACUAGAUAACGAUGCCAUCAGCGAAGGCCAUUCUACAAUGGAAUCGUACAGCAACGCAAAAUCACCAGACGAGCCUGGUAAUUCGAAUAUUCGUUCACUGUCGCAAGAAAAACAUCGAUCAAGAAAAAAGAAGCGAACUGAUAAUGGGCUACUUCACACACACGUAAGCAUCGAUAAUCCCUUGCCACAUUUGUCUGGAGUUCUUUCCCCACCUCCGGAAUUAGUCCGCCUAACACCUUCGAGAAUGAGCCGUUCCCAACCGGGACAGGCACCAUUGCAACAAACGGCUGACAGGUUCCAAGAAAGGGUACCAUUUGCCGAAGAGACUCCACUCUUCAGGUUAUGGAAUCCGGACGAUACCGACGAUGAUGGUGCUGGACCAUUACAUGCCAAUACGUCUGCGGAAGACGGGUUAUCGGCGGAGAGGUCACGCAUGGAUUCAGUGAUUUCUACGAACGUAUUUUCCGUGGAUUCCGAAGAGUCCAAUUCGCGAUCCUUAAUACAAGCACUGACCGACCGACGUGUUUAUGGGGAAUCCAGCGAAGACACAGGUGGAUUUGGGUUAUUAUCUCAAGAGGAUGUUCAAGUACGACCUCCCUGGCCAACUCCUUCAAAUGAAAGCAUAACUCGCACUUACUGAAGCGGUGGCCAGUUAAUCGUUGCAACAGUUUAAUGCCAUAAUCUCCAUACCCUGUGCUGUAAGGCAAUCGGGCGCGUUACCGUGCGUAUGUUCUCCUGAUUUGGACAUGGAUACCUCACAGCAGACAAAGAUGCUGACUGUUGCUAAAAAUUAAACUAAAAUUGCUAAAAUUGCUAAAAUUUAUUUUAACUUUAUAAUAUUUAUUGCCUGCAGUGGCGUACUUGUUAGUUCUUAUGGUUUACAUUUAUUGGCAUGUUGUUGGCUCAAUAACGACAUUAUUUUUACAUUCACAAAUUCGUUGGAGCUAGUGGCUACUAGGUAGUAGUAAAAUUUAGAUACCGAAA